AUGAUGGGAUCAUUGAAGAAUCUGGUCUUCCUCUUGAUCUUCCACCUUCUGGAAGGAGUUCUGAGCAGUUCCCUCAUCCAGCUGAACAAGAAUGGCUACGAACACAUUGUCAUCACCAUUGACCACAAUGUGCCAGAAGAUGAAGCCCUCAUUCAACAGAUAAAGGACAUGGUGACUCAGGCCUCUCCAUACCUGUUCAAAGCUACAGGGAAAAGAUUUUACUUCAAAAACGUUGCCAUUUUGAUUCCUGAAAACUGGAAGAGGAAACCAGACUAUAAGAGGCCAAAGCUCGAAACCUUCAAAAAUGCUGAUGUCCUCGUGUCAGCAGCUAGCCCUGCAGGUAAUGACAAGCCCUACACUGAGCAUGUAGGAGCGUGUGGAGAAAAGGGAAUCAGGAUUCACCUGACGCCCGACUUCUUAGCAGGAAAGAAGCGGCCUCUGUAUGGACCACAAGAGAGGGUAUUUGUCCAUUUGUGGGCUACUCUCCGAUGGGGCGUCUUCAAUGAAUACAACAAUGAGCAGAAAUUCUACUUAUCCGAAGGGAAACCCAAAGCAGUGCGAUGUUCAGCAGCAAUUACUGGUAAAAAUCAAGUUCGUCGGUGUCAGGGAGGCAGUUGUAUCGCUGGCGGAAGGUGCAUGAUUGACAGAUUAACAGGACUGUAUAGAAAAGAUUGUGCUUUCAUACCAGAUCCACAACAGACUGUAACAGCAUCCAUAAUGUACAGUCAAAGUAUUGAUUCUGUGGUUGAGUUCUGUACAGAAAAAAAUCACAAUAAAGAAGCCCCAAAUGCCCAAAACCAACGAUGCAACCUCCGAAGCACAUGGGAAGUCAUCCAGGAAUCUGAGGACUUUAAGCAAACCACUCCCAUGACCACUCAGCCACCCACACCCACCUUCUCCUUGCUGCAAGCAGGACAAAGAAUUGUGUGUUUAGUUCUCGAUAAGUCUGGGAGCAUGAUGGCUGAUAACCGUCUUAACCGGCUGAAUCAGGCAAGCAAGCUUUUCCUGCUGCAGACCGUGGAGAAGGGAGCCUGGGUCGGCCUGGUGACGUUCGACAGUGCGGCCUACAUCCAAAGUGAGCUCACCCAGAUAAAGGGUGGUGCUGACAGAAAUUCGCUGACUAAGCGCUUGCCCUCGGUCGCUUCUGGAGGAACAUCCAUAUGCUCUGGCCUUCAAGCAGCAUUUAGAGUGAUAAAGAAGAAGUACCCAACGGAUGGGUCUGAGAUCGUGCUGCUGACAGAUGGGGAGGACAAUACCAUCAGCUCCUGCUUUGACAUGGUGAGGAAGAGUGGGGCCAUCAUCCACACGGUGGCCCUGGGACCGACUGUUGCUAAAGAGCUGGAGCAGCUGUCCAAAAUGACAGGAGGUUUGCAGACAUAUGCUUCUGACGAGGCUCAGAACAAUGGCCUCGUUGACGCUUUCGCUGCCCUUUCAUCAGGAAAUGGAGCUAUCUCUCAGAAUUCCAUCCAGCUGGAGAGCAGGGGCGCUAGUCUGCAGAAUAGCCAGUGGAUGAACGGCUCAGUCAUCGUGGACAGCACCGUGGGGAAGGACACCUUGUUUCUUGUCACCUGGACAAAAGCUCUUCCCAAGAUUCUUCUCUGGGAUCCCAGUGGAAAAAGACAAAAUGGUUUCAAAACAGACACAGACACCAAGAUGGCCUACCUCCAAGUCCCAGGCACUGCCAAGGUUGGCGUUUGGAAAUACAGCCUGCAAGCGAGCUUGCAAACCGUCACAUUGACCGUCACCUCCCGAGCCUCAAGUGCUAAGCUGCCUCCUAUUACAUUGACCCCAAUAGUGGGCAAAGACACAGGGAAAUUCCCCAGCCCUGUGCCAGUGUAUACAACCAUUCGCCAAGGAGCAUCACCCAUUCUCAAGGCCAAUGUCACAGCCCUGAUUGAAUCUGUGAACGGAAAAACAGUAACCCUGGAAUUACUGGAUAAUGGAGCAGGUGCCGAUGCUACCAAGAACGACGGUGUGUACUCAAGGUUUUUUACAGCUUUCGAUACAAAUGGUAGAUACAGCAUAAAAAUACGGGCUCAUGGAGGAAAUGCUGCAGAGAGACAGAACUCGGCACCUCAGAAGAAUGCAGCCAUGUACAUAGAUGGCUGGAUUGAGAAUGGUGAAAUAAAAAUGAAUCCUCCACGUCCUGAAACUAGUUAUGUUCAGAAAGAGCAACUGAGCUUCAGCAGGACAUCUUCGGGGGGAUCGUUUGUGGCCACUAAUGUCCCCAAGGCUCCCGUGCCUGACCUCUUUCCACCUUGCCAAAUCACCGACCUGAAGGCCAGCAUCCAAGGUCACAACCUUGUGACUCUGACUUGGACGGCCCCCGGGGAUGACUAUGACCAGGGGAGAGCCUCCAAGUACAUCAUCAGAAUGAGUACCAGUAUCGCCGAUCUUAGAGACAAGUUCAAUACCUCAGUCCAAGUGAGCACUAUCGACCUCAUCCCCAAAGAAGCCAACUCUCAGGAGACCUUUGAGUUUGAGCUGCAAAACAACGCUUUUGAAAAUGGCACUGACAUCUUCCUUGCUAUCCAGGCUGUGGAUAAAUCCAAUCUAAAAUCAGAAAUCUCUAACAUUGCCCGGGCAUCUGUGUUUAUCCCCACUCCUGAAGACACAUCUUUUCCUUGUCCUGAUGUUAGUAUCAACAGCACCAUUCCUGGCGUCUAUGUGUUAAAAAUAAUGUGGAAGUGGAUCAGGGAAAUUCAGGUGAAGCUAGGUUUGCACUGA